UGAGUGCAUCCAGUAAAUGUAAACAGGCUCUUGCUACAGAUAUAGCCUCAGUUCACUUAACUGUACUAGUUAAUCCUCUUAACCUCCAUGAUCCCUCAGUCAUCGCUUCUUGUGAGACACAUUGGUUUUGUUCCUGAUGAGCAGAAGAAAAGACUAUAAGAAACAAUGACCGGGGCUACACACACCUGCUGCUCUGUUAAUACUGAACACUGUGAAAUCGCUGAGAUGUUGACUGUGGUAUAAGCAGCUCUGACAGAAGCAGAACAGCUAUGAGUGCUGACAAAGCCAACAGAAUGGAUCUGGACCCGGAUUAUCAUGCAGAACUGGCUGAUAUGGUAGCAGCCAUGAAUGUGGCAGCCAACCGGAUGACCCCACCAAAUGGCUACAGGACCACCCCACAUCGCCUCAAUCUCUCGGAUCGCAAACUGUCGUUGCAGGAGCGAUCAAGUUACGGCCCUACCUCGAGGACAGCCAGGAGACCCACUAUUGAAUCCAAACGGGUGUCUAUCUCUGAUGGCGAUGACUGUGUUCAGCUCAACCAGUAUAAAUUAAAGAAUGCGAUUGGAAAAGGUUCAUAUGGUGUGGUCAAACUAGCAUAUAAUGAAGAUGAUGACCAGUACUACGCUAUGAAGCUUGUUUCCAAAAAGAAGCUAAUGAGGCAGUUUGGAUUCACAAGACGCCCGCCUUCCAGAGAAUCUAAUGGAUCGCAGGAGAAUAUUUCAAAGCCUCAUGGCCUGUUGGACCGAAUAUAUCAAGAAAUUGCUAUCUUGAAAAAACUUGACCAUCUUAAUAUUGUUAAAUUAGUUGAGGUUCUUGAUGACCCUGUUGAAGAUAACUUGCAUAUGGUCUUUGAGUUAGUACCUAAAGGUCCAAUAAUGGAGAUCCCAACAGAAACUCCACUGACGGAGGAUAUGGCCCGUUUGUACUUUAGAGACGUAAUCCUGGGAAUUGAAUACUUACACUAUCAGAAAAUCAUUCACAGAGACAUCAAACCCUCGAAUCUGUUGCUGGGGGAUGAUGGCCACAUAAAGAUAGCAGAUUUUGGCGUCAGUAAUGAGUUUGAGGGUCAUGAUGCUCUCCUGUCAAACAGUGCAGGAACUCCAGCCUUCAUGGCCCCUGAAACUCUGACUGACCAGGAUCAGAGAUUCAGUGGCAGGGCUUUAGAUGUAUGGGCAAUGGGAAUCACUCUAUACAGUUUUGUCUUCGGAAGGUGUCCCUUUCAUGAUGAUUACAUCCUAGGCCUGCAUGAGAAAAUCAGGACCAUGCCAGUGGAGUUUCCAGACAAGCCAUUGAUCAAUGAGUGGUUGAGAGAUCUCAUUACCAGAAUGCUACAUAAAGCCCCUGAAACUAGAAUCACGAUACCAGAAAUGAAGUUGCACCCAUGGGUAACAAUUGAUGGUACCGAUCUGUUACCUCUGGAGGAGGAACACUGUACAGUGGUGGAGGUCACAGCUGAAGAUAUCCAGAACUCUGUGAAACUAAUUCCCAGUCUGUCUACCGUGAUCCUGGUGAAAUCCAUGUUGCGAAAGCGUUCCUUCAGUAAUCCUUUUGAAGGUCGCAGACAGGGCAGGUCCAUGUCGGCACCUGGAGGUCUGACCUUGGAUACAGCGCUGUUUCGCCCUUUAAGCAGGGGGAGUAACAGUGUUGGCAGCAGAGAAGGAGAACUGGAGAAUCUUAUUGAAGAUGAAACAUUUUCAUGAGUUUGUAAAUACUUGUGUAAACCAGACCAAUGGUGUUAUUGGACAAAUGUUUGGACCUGAAUCUGCAGUGUAUGACUUAUGAAUGUGAUUUAUGAUAUUACCAUGCUGUGUAAACAUUUAGAUGCUAUAGACACGGACAACAUUUGAAGCUCCUUUGCAGGGUCUAAAACAAGAUUGUGGCAAAAUAUAUUUGGUAAAAGUUUUUUUUCUGCAUUUAAGUUUGCAUUUUAGUGCCAAAUGUAAAGUAUGCAAUGUAAAAACUGUUAUGUUUAGAAAUGUGUACGAGGACACUUAGCAAGAAAAACACCUUUGAAUCAGAUCACAUUAAUUGACCUCUCAACAAAAACAACUUAUAAAUUAUUGAUAAACAAAUACAGCAAGAUUUAUUUCAAACCAAACUCACAAAUCCUGUGAAUUGAACUGUGAAUUAAGUUAGCAACAUUCAAAACUGAGAAAAAAGUUGGUAACCAUUCACUUCCAUUGCAUGGACACAAAAAAAACAAUGCAAGUCAAUGGGUGCCAUCGCUGUUUAACAACCAACUUUCUUCAAAAUAUCUUCUUUGUGUUUUCUGGGGAAGAACAAAGUCUUACAGCCACAAUUAGAAAUUCAUACUUAUUUAUAUAUUCAUAUAGGCUGAUAUACAGGAAUGAGAAAGCAUCUUUAAAUAUCAAUUCUGUGUUGAAAAUAAAUAAUCUUAACAAAGUAUAUAUUGUAUAUACUACAUUAUGUUUUUAGAAACAUUAGGAGUGUAAAAUAUGUACUUUUGCUUUCUUUAUGAGGCUGUGCAAUUGAUCUCUUCUGGAUAACAGAAUGCUCAGUUGAUGUAGCAAGAGCAAAGAGCUCUUCAAUAUUUAAUGUUGUUUUGCACUAUUAUGUGAGAUUCUCGUUCUUUCCUAGAUAAUACGACAGAAAAAGAAAAUGAUUUUCUUAAAGAAAAAUUAAAUAUUAAAAAGAAAUGGAUAGAUAUGGCAGAUUAUGGUAUGGUACAUUUACUGCAUUCUAGUGACCCUCUGAGUAUGUUCCCUGAAUACCACAAACAUUACCGAACAAGAGCUCCAUUAUGACCUUACAUUAAAUAACAGACAUGUCUGCAUAGUGAAGUUCACUGUUAUGUUAUGAUGACUUCAUAUAUGGUCAAUAAUCUUUAUUUUUUUAAACAUGUAUUUUCAGAUUACAUUACAUAUUAGUGCUAGCGGAAGCAAAC